AUGGCCCACUUUCGCACGGAAGGAUACAAUGGAUAUUCGUUACAAUAUAGCCCAUUCAUCGAAAACAAAAUAGCAUGCUCGACAUCAGCGAAUUUCGGUUUAGUCGGUAAUGGAAGAUUGUAUAUUAUAAACAUUGGAGUGGGACCGGACGGUAUCAACGUGGAAAGAAUGUACGACACUCAAGAUGGAUUGUUUGACUGUUCGUGGAGUGAGCUCAAUGAGAAUCAAGUUGUCACUUCUAGCGGUGACGGUUCAAUAAAGCUGUGGGAUAUAACCCUUCCGGUGCUGGAAUUCCCGAUAAGGAACUGGCGCGAACACGGGAGAGAAGUUUUUUCCGUGCAUUGGAAUUUAAUAAAAAAAGAUUCCAUUGUUAGUGGAUCGUGGGAUAAGGCCAUUAAAUUGUGGAACCCAGAAUUAACACAAUCUGUUAGUACCUACGCAGAACAUUCCAGCUGCGUAUACAGCACAAUAUGGUCUCCCUAUAAUCCUGACAUCUUUGGUUCGGCAUCCGGAGAUCAAACCGUAAAAAUCUGGGAUACCAAAAUUCCCCGAUCAAUCCAAACGAUAAAUACUCAUUCUGGAGAAGUUCUAUCGCUAGAUUGGAAUAAGUAUCAAGAGAACGUAGUGGUUACCGGAUCGGUUGACCGCACAGUGCGAGUAUGGGAUUUGAGAAAUAAUGGUCGCGAGCUCAUGUGUUUGCGAGGACACGAGUUUGCAGUCCGCAGGGUAAAAUGUUCACCACACAUGGGUAACAUAAUAGCGAGUGCUAGUUACGAUAUGACCAUGAGAUUAUGGGAUAUUGAAAAAGGAAAUCCGUUGGUGCAUGUUCAUGAUGCUCACACCGAAUUUGUGCUAGGGAUAGAUUUUAAUUUGUAUAUUGAAGGACAGAUUGCCACUUGCGCAUGGGAUGAGAAAAUACAUAUUCUGCAUCCUCCUUGCUUGGAGCCAACACCCCGUCCCAUGGGCGAUCCAUUUCACAAAGAUUUCACGGAGGGUGCUCUAUGA